CCCGGGUGGCCGCGAGGCGUGUCCCCGCCGUGCCCCGGAGGAGGUGUGUUCUGGGCCCGGGGCGGCCGGUGGCGGGGCCCUGGCUGCACACCCACGUUCGUAGGGCCAGAAAGGGGAGGCGGCUUCCGCGGGGAGAACUAGGGGCCUGUUUGACACCUGGGGGGCCGUAGUGGGGAGCGAUCUGCGCAUUCUGGGGGUGCAGGGGGCUUUGUGCCCGCCGCCGGGCGGGGAGGUGUGCGCCGUAGGCCACCAUAGAGAAAGUUGCUCUUCCGCGGGAGAUAGGCCCGGGCUGGGCGGCUUGGGGGGCAGAGGGGAAAGUGUGUGCUGGAGGGCGGCGGAUGAGGAGGGGCGGGAGCAGCCGACAGGGGACAGAUGGAGGGGAGCGCCUUGCCCGCGCGGAGCGAGGCUCGGCCCUCCACAAACAGGGGGGCAGGCUUGUGGGGGGCCGGGCCGCCUCCUGCAGGAGGAGAGCAGGAAGCAGGUGGUGGAGUCUGGGAGGAAAAGGGGUUCCAGGGCCUGCAGCUGGAGCGAGAGGCCUGCCUGGCCUCCAACUACGCCCUGGCCAAGGAGAACCUGGCACUGCGGCCCCGCCUGGAGAUGGGCCGGGCCGCCCUGGCCAUCAAGUACCAGGAGCUCCGAGAGGUGGCCGAGAACUGCGCAGACAAGCUACAGCGACUGGAGGAGACCAUGCAUCGCUGGAGUCCCCACUGUGCGCUGGGCUGGCUGCAGGCUGAGUUGGAAGAGGCUGAGCAGGAGGCUGAGGAGCACAUGGAGCAGCUGCUGCUGGGCGAGCAGAGCCUGGAGGCCUUCCUGCCCGCCUUCCAGCGUGGCCGUGCCCUGGCCCACCUGAGGCGGACCCAGGCCGAGAAACUGCAGGAGCUGCUGCGGCGCAGGGAGCGCUCUGCCCAGCCGGCCCCCACCACUGCCACCGAUGCCCCCAAACCCUUCCCAGCUGCAGCCGUCCUGCCCACUGGGGCUGCCCGGGGGCCACCCGCUGCACCCCGGAGCCUACCCCCCUUGGACUCCCGCCCAGUGCCCCCGCUGAAGGGCUCCCCCGGGUGCCCCCUCGGCCCAGCACCUCUGCUAAGCCCCCGGCCCUCUCAGCCAGAGCCCCCCCACCGGUAGGAUCCAGGGUGCGGCCCCCCAGUGGGGGGCCCAGACAAACUUGAUUGGGGGUUCCUCCUCCUCCCCCACUGCCUGGGUGGGGGGAGGGGCAGGCCCCUCCCCCUGGCCUCAGGCAGGCCCUGGCCCUGGAGGCUGAGCUGGGGAGGAGGUCAUCUGGAGGAGACCCCGAGAGGGCUGGGGUGGGUGGGCAGGGUGUUGGGCCCUGGCACUGAGGAACCUCUGCCUUUGUUGUCUCCCCGGCUGGGGCUUCCAGGGCGGUGGGCCAGCCCCAUGCAAGAACUUUACUCACCCUGGGGCCCAGGAAGGUACCCGCUUCUCUGGAGGCUCCGCCCAGGGGGCCUGUUGCACCCUGCUGCUCCAUGGGGCUCGAACAACGCCAAGGCCAGCGGGCGUGUUUUCCAUCACGUCCUGAGCCUACCUUUCCCCCAGCUCUGGAGCCACCGCCUAGGAGCCAGCGGCCAGGCCCCAGCUGUGGGGCCAGGACGCCGUGGCCCUGGGCCCGCUCCGGGACCCUCUCCUGCUCCAGUCCCUGGGCCAGGGUAGGCCGGGGGCGUCUGACCUGCACAGGCAAGAGUGGGCCAUCCCCAGGAAAGACCAUUCUGUAUUUUUCUGUCCCUGUCUCCUUAGAAUGGAACCUUUUUGAGGGCAGGUCCUUGUCUUUGUAUGUUCUGUCCCCAGCCCCGCCUCCUAGGGGCCGUCAAUAAAUGUGAUGAUGAAGA